CUGAAGACAGUAACAGACUUGGAGUCAGAGGUGACCUCCAAGUUAACGCUGACCUAUGUAGGGUCAGGCAGCGGGGCAUUUAAGUGGGCUGACAGCGUGCUGGUACAGGCAUUACAGGCCGGUCACUGGCUACUUAUCGACAAUGUCAACUUCUGCAGGUGAUGAUGACAAUGCUCAUACCACAACAGAUGUGACAGUUCAAGCUCCCACAGAUGUGACAGGUCAAGCUCCCACAGAUGAGACAGGUCAAGCUCCCACAGAUGAGAUAGGUCAAGCUCCCACAGAUGUGACAGUUCAAGCCUCCACAGAUGAGAUAGGUCAAGCUCCCACAGAUGAGAUAGGUCAAGCUCCCACAGAUGUGACAGGUCAAGCCUCCACAGAUGUGACAGUUCAAGCCUCCACAGAUGAGACAGGUCAAGCUCCCACAGAUGAGAUAGGUCAAGCUCCCACAGAUGUGACAGGUCAAGCUCCCACAGAUGUGACAGGUCAAGCUCCCACAGAUGAGACAGGUCAAGCUCCCACAGAUGAGACAGGUCAAGCCUCCACAGAUGUGACAGUUCAAGCCUCCACAGAUGAGACAGGUCAAGCUCCCACAGAUGAAAUAGGUCAAGCUCCCACAGAUGUGACAGGUCAAGCUCCCACAGAUGUGACAGGUCAAGCUCCCACAGAUGUGACAGGUCAAGCCUCCACAGAUGUGACAGUCCAAGCUCCCACAGAUGUGACAGGUCAAGUGCCCACAGAUGAGACAGGUCAAGCUCCCACAGAUGAGAUAGGUCAAGCUCCCACAGAUGAGACAGGUCAAGCUCCCACAGAUGUGACAGUCCAAGCUCCCACAGAUGUGACAGUCCAAGCUCCCACUGAUGUGACAGUUCAAGUCCAAGCUCCCACUGAUGUGACAGUUCGAGUCCAAGCUCCCACUGAUGUGACAGUUCAAGUCCAAACAAAUGUGACAGGUCAAGUCCCCACAUAUGUGACAGGUCAAGCUCCCAUAGAUGUGACAUGUCAAGCUCCCAUAGAUGUGACAGGUCAAGCUCCCACAGAUGUGACAGGUCAAGCCUCCACAAAUGUGACAGGUCAAGCUCCCACAGAUGUGACAGUUCAAGCCUCCACAGAUGUAACAUGUCAAGCUCCCACAGAUGUGACAGGUCAAGCCUCCACAGAUGUGACAGGUCAAUCUCCCAUAGAUGUGACAGGUCAAGCUCCCACAGAUGUGACAGGUCAAGCUCCCACAGAUGUGACAGGUCAAGUGCCCACAGAUGAGACAGGUCAAACUCCCUCAGAUGAGACAGGUCAAGCUCCCACAGAUGUGACAGGUCAAGCUCCCACAGAUGUGACAGGUCAAGUGCCCACAGAUGUGACAGGUCAAACUCCCACAGAUGAGACAGGUCAAGCUCCCACAGAUGUGACAGUCCAAGCUCCCACAGAUGUGACAGUCCAAGCUCCCACUGAUGUGACAGUUCAAGUCCAAGCUCCCACUGAUGAGACAGUUCAAGUCCAAGCUCCCACUGAUGUGACAGUUCAAGUCCAAACAAAUGUGACAGGUCAAGUCCCCACAUAUGCGACAGGUCAAGCUCCCAUAGAUGUGACAUGUCAAGCUCCCACAGAUGUGACAGUUCAAGCCUCCACAGAUGUGACAGGUCAAGCCUCCACAGAUGUGACAGGUCAAGCUCCCAUAGAUGUGACAGGUCAAGCUCCCACAGAUGAAACAAUUCAAGCUUUCACAGAUGAAACAAUUCAGGCUUUCACAGAUGAAACAAUUCAAGCUUUCACAUAUGAAACAAUUCAAGCUACAAAAGGUAUGACGGUCCAAGCUCCCACAGAUGUGAAGGUCCAAGCUCCCACUGAUGUGAAGGUCCAAGCUCCCACUGAUGUGACAGUCCAAGCUUCCACAGAUGAGACGUCAGAGACUGUUCAGGAUCCUACAGAUGUGAUAUUCCAGGCUUCCAUGUUUGCCUCACGUGACGAUGGCAAGGCUGGUACUCCCACAGAUGUGAUUGCCCAAGCUCCCACAUAUGAGACAGGUCAAGCUCCCACAGAUGAGAUAGGUCAAGCUCCCACAGAUGAGACAUGUCAAGCUUCCACAGAUGAGACAUCAGAGACUGUGCAGGAUCCUACAGAUAUGACAGGUCAAGCUCCCACAGAUAAGAUAGGUCAAGCUCCCACAGAUGUGACAGGUCAAGCUCCCACAGAUGUGACAGUUCAAGCUUCCACAGAUGAGAUGGCCCAAGCUCCCACAUAUGAGACAGGUCAAGCUCCCACAGAUGUGACAGGUCAAGCUUCCACAGAUGAGAUAGGACAAGUUCCCACAUAUGUGACAGGUCAAUCUCCCACAGAUGAGACGUCAGAGACUGUGCAGGAUCCUACAGAUAUGACAGGUCAAGCUCCCACAGAUAAGAUAGGUCAAGCUCCCACAGAUGUGACAGGUCAAGCUCCCACAGAUGUGACAGGUCAAGCUCCCACAGAUGUGACAGGUCAAGCUGCCACAGAUGAGAUAGGUCAAGCUCCCACAGAUGUGACAGGUCAAGCUCCCACAGAUAAGACAGGUCAAGCUCCCACUGAUGUGACAGUCCAAGCUCCCACUGAUGUGACAGUCCAAGCUUCCACAGAUGAGACGUCAGAGACUGUUCAGGAUCCUACAGAUGUGAUAUUCCAGGCUUCCAUGUUUGCCUCACGAAAUAGAAGAAGAAUGAAAUCAGAUCCAGCAGUUAAAGUUACCACAACAGGCUUCACCUGCCAUUUAUGUGAUCUAACAUACAGACGUCAGAGCUCGCUACAGAUCCACAACGACAAAUGCCAUCCAGUUUUAGAGAUGAACCUAGGCCUGGAGGAAGAGUAUUCAGAAGAUGACAGUACCGAUGAUCCUAAUAUCGAGUGUUCAGAUGAUAGCAACCGUGAUCCUAAUUUCCAGUGUACUGAAAGCGAAAUUGAACAUGUCACAUCUAAUGAUGACGGUGACUUUGAUGAAAUAAAAAUAAGGAAAAGAAAGGCCAUUACAGAGGCUUUUGUUGAUCACAAUAUUGCGAAGAGAAACUGUGCAGAAAAGGAAUUUGAUGACCACGUUUCAGACAGUGAAAUGUCUGAUGUUAUCGUCAAUGAGUAUGUUCCUGGAGAACUUGGACCUCAUUUCAACAUUGACACAGACAUUACAUCAGGAGGAAACAAUACAAAUGAGAGUACUAAGUACACCAAUGACAAGUGUGGUACACCAAUAUUUGGACUGUUGCCAAAAAGCCAAAAGAAAGAAGGAUGUAAGCAAGUGUAUGAUAAACAGAAUUGUUGCACAUUCUGUGGAAAAAUGAUCAAAAGCAAAAUUUCACGUCACCUUUUGAAUGCUCAUAAGCUGGAACCAACAGUCAGCAAAAUAUGGCUACUACCGAAAAGAUCAGAAGAGCGUACAAUUAAGUUGGAAAUGCUUGCCAACGAAGGCAACUUCAAACACAAUAUUACAGUUCUACAAAAGAAGGAAGGAUUUCUUGUAAUGGGGAGAAGAGAAACAACAAGGAGGAACACAUUUCAAUCAGGUGAUUAUUUGCCAUGUGAAUAUUGUAGAAAAUUUAUCCUCAAAAGUACACUCUGGUGGCAUCAUCGAACCUGCACUGUUAGAAAGUUUUAUGAGAAAUCAGUUGGAGUAAAUGAGAACAAAUACAUAGAAAGUGACAGUGAUCCAAACUCAAACAAUGCUGUACGUCGUGGACGCCAUCUAUUGCAUAGUGCAUUAAUGAAGGACUCUGAUCAAUUUGUGACAAAAAUGUUGGAUAGAAUGCAUAACGAUGAAGUCAAAGACAUUGUUAUACAUGACAAGCUGAUAAGAAAAUAUGCAGCAUUGCGUGUGGAAGGCCUUGGUUCUGAAAGUGACCAGAAAAUUAAUGAUAUCCACAGGGUCUCACAGUGUUGCCGGACAUUAGGAAGAUUGAUUUUACAAUGUAGAAAAGACAACCUUGCUUCAAUUAUCAGUCUGGACACACUCAUUUCACCAGAGUAUUUUGAUCUUGUUGUCGCAUCAACCAAAUUGAUGUCUAUAGACACAGAAAAUCCUGCUGUCUCUUUGGGCAGGUUUAUGGGAAAUAUUCUGGAUCAUAUCAUACAAGUAAAAAUUGGAGAUGCUUUAAGAUGUGGAGAAUCGGAUGAGAGUGGUAGAUGCCAGAAAGCGACAGGCUUUCAAAAGUUGUUUGAAGCCGAGUGGAACUACAGAGUGAACUCAGUCUGUGUAAAACGAAAAAACGCAUUACACAGACAGAAGGUACAGACCAUUCCUUUGACAGAAGAUCUGAAAACGCUCACAGAAUUCAUUAUGUGCAACAUAAGAGAAACAUCCACAGCACUGCAGAAAUGCCCGACACCUUGUGAUUGGACAAAACUUGCCAAAUUUACCAUGUGCAGGUUGAUCCUGUUUAACAAGCGAAGGCGGGCUGAAGUCAAAGACUUGAAAGUUCAGGACUACGAGAAGAGGCCCAACUGGCAUGAGGAUCAGCGUGGUGAAUUUGACCUGGCAUUAUCACAUGCGGACAAAGUAUUAGCCAGCAGAAUGGACAUGGUCAUUUCAGCAGGGAAGUCACGGAAAAAUGUGGACGCAUAUGUCCUGCUGCCACCAGACAGCAAGGAUGCCAUUGACCUCCUUAACAGCCUGAGAGAUAAAGUCGGGAUCAGAUCCAUCAACGAAUACAUAUUCGCUAGGGUUUGCUCAGAGACUCCGCUGACGGGCAACACCGAGCUCAGAGAAAUUGUUGACAGUUGCCCCAACCUUCAACAUCCUGAUAGAAUCAGCUCAACAUCACUUAGAAAAUAUAUAGCCACAGUCUCUUAGAUCCUGGAUAUGACUGAUCCGGAGCUAGAAAUGCUUGCAACGCAUCUAGGGCAUGAUGUCAAAACCCACAAAGAAAACUACAGACUGUCACAUUCAACCCGUGAAUUGACAAAGUUCCACACAUAAUGAGUAUAUUGAAGUUCUUGUCAGUGAGGAUGAAGAAUUACAGCAGGUCAUGGACACAAGUUCCAUGGAGAUGGUUGAAGAGUCUGUGAAUUCAGGAACUUCAGAUAAACCUUUUUCAGACUUACUGAGGGAAUUCAAAAAAAAACCCAUUUGUUUAUUGGACAAGCAGGAAAUAAUCAUUUCAAGGAGAGCAGUUCUGAAAAGCUGUUUCAGGGCUCUGAGACGACCCUAUUUUGACUUGAAAUGCAAAGUAUAUGUCACGUUUUUGGGUGGAUAGGGUAUGGAUCACGGUGGACCUAGGAG